AUGAUUUCAAAACCUUACAAUAGACUGAAGGGUAAUAACUCUGGUGAAAAAUGGAUGGCCUGCAGAGCUUUUAUCGAUACGCAACGACACUUAGCUUUAGACUUUAAUGGCAAUCACGAGUGUAUAUUGAUGAUAUGA